CACCACCGACCUAACACACUGAAAGAAAGCAUUAUCCACCAGCAGAAAAACAAAGUUGAUGUUAUUACAACACGAACAAAGAUAGGUUGGCAUACCUUCUAUUGACACAUAAUCGCAUACCAAUUUAUACAGCUCUAGCGUUAGACAAACACUACCCGGACGCAUUUAGUGCGGCACAGGGAUUAAUGGCUGCAGUCGAUGUACGGAUCUGCUCUCAUUGUUUACAUUUCGAAACGGUAUGCCCCCAGUGUUUUUGAGGCUGUCAUUGAUACGGGAUCAAAGCUAACAACGCAAUGAAGAUAAAUAUCGCUUAAUGAAUGUAAAGAAAUUCUCUGUAAGACACUAUCAAGUGGAGCAACAGCGAACUAGCAUUGGCUGCUAACUAUCCCAGCUCCAUCUUUCCUGUGUCGCCCGCUGCUCCAGAGAUGGCAAGUUAGUCUUCAUCUUUAUUUGGUUUUCCGUCCGCUCGGAUCUCAAGGACAACCUGAACAAAUGAUUGAGGAGGUAUAGCGCCAGGGGAGCCUAAAGGCCAGGCAAAAUCUUGAUUUGAGGAAUAUUCCAGGUGCACAAUGUUUAGUGUACCUCAAAGCGCCAAGUCCGAGUUCCUGGACAAAGCCAGGCAGGCCAGGGAGGAAAGGAGAGGACAUAAGGACAAGGAAAAUUCGGCAAUCCACAUUCAAGCCCUGGUCAGGAGAUUUCUCUGUCGCUGCAGACUCCAGAAGCAAAUACGGAAAGAGGUUGAUGACUACUUUCAAGCUUCUGAAACUGGGACAUCAAAAAGAAAUGCACUUUCAAUUUUCAAAAUCGCUCGGAAAUUACUAUUCAUAUAUUGCAAAGAGGAUAAAAUGAGGUUCGAGAAGCUCUGUCGUGCAAUCCUUGCCAGCAUGGAGGUUGAAAAUGAACCUAAAGUCUGGUACGUUUCCUUGGCUCUCUCCAAAGACCUCACCAUUCCCUGGCUCAAACAGAUAAAAGAUGUGCUGUGGACCUGCUGUCAACUACUAAAAAAUUUAAAGCCUGACAUACUUCAGGACAAUAAAUUGGUAACGCUGUACCUCACCAUGCUGGUGACCUUCACAGACACGUCAACCUGGCGGAUAGUCCGAGGGAAGGGAGAAGCUCUCAGACCCGCUUUGACGAGAAUUUGUGAAAAUAUUAUGGGCCAUCUCAAUCAAAAGGGAUUCUAUUCAAUACUCCAGAUCUUGCUGACCAAUGGCUUGGCUCGUACUAAACCAUCUCUCUCUAAAGGCACUCUAACCGCUAUCUUCUCUUUGUCAUUAAGGCCAGUCAUUGCCGCUCACUUUUCUGAUAAUCUGCUAAGAUCAUUCCUCCUUCACAUCAUGUCAGUUCCAGCCAUUGUAUCUCACCUCAGUGUGCUUACUCCAGAGUGUAUGGCAUCCAUUCAGACCCAUGACCUGCUGCGGAAGUUCAUUCUGUUUCUCAGCCGGGAAGAACAGUGUUUGGACAUCUGUGUGUGUCUUGAGGGGAGCCACACACUCUGUUUACUUGGCAAUCUGAUUCAUUUGGGCUUCCUUAAUGAGAUUGUCCUUGAGGAGGAGGCCAGUCAUUUUGUGAAGGACCUGACUGACAUGCUGUCCUACUGCCAGAGAUAUGUAUCUCAAAAGAAGUCCAACCUUACCCACUGGCACCCUGUCCUGGGCUGGUUCUCUCAGACUGUAGACUAUCGCUGUAGUCUGAAUGAGUCGAUGCCGCUGGUCACUAAACAGCUUCAGUACCUGUGGGGUGUUUCUGUCAUCCGGACGCUCUUCAGUGACGUCCUCUCUAAAAAGCUGGAGAGUCAGGAGCCCACUCCCCCACCCCCGCAGCCUAGCACAUCACAAAACAAUCUCCCAGUUAAAAACCUCUUCAAGCGAGCGUUUCAGAAGUCGGCUUCUGUACGGAACAUCCUGAAACCAGUUGGAGGGAAGCGAGUCGACUCAGCUGAAGUUCAGAAGGUGUGCAGCAUCUGUGUGCUCUACCAGACCGCUCUGUCUACACUAACGCAAAUACGACUCCAGAUACUCACCGGUCUGACACAUCUCGAUGAACUUUUGCCCAAACUUUGGGCCUUCAUCUGUGAGCUGGGUCCUCAGGGAGGCCUCAAACUCUUCAUGGAGUGUCUGAACAAUGACACUGAAGAGUCCAAGCAGCUCCUGGCCAUGCUCAUGCUCUUCUGUGACUGCUCACGGCACCUCAUCACAAUUCUAGAUGACAUUGAAGUCUAUGAAGAACAAACGUCUUUCAAGAUCGAGGAACUCCUCACUAUCUCUUCAUUUCUGAACACAUUUGUGUACAAGAUGAUAUGGGAUGGCAUCUUAGAAAAUGCAAAGGGAGAGAAACUGGAGUUGUUCCACAGUGUUCAUGGCUGGUUGAUGGUGCUUUAUGAGCGGGACUGCAGGCGACGAUUCACCCCCGAUGAUCACUGGCUACGCAAGGACCUGAAGCCCAGCCUGUUGUUCCAAGAGCUGGAGAAAGGCAAGAGAAGAGCCCAGCUUUUACUACAGUACAUCCCACAUGUCAUUCCACAUAAAAACAGGGUGCUGCUGUUCAGGAACAUCGUUACAAAGGAAAAAGAAAGUUUAGGAUUGGUAGAAACCAGCUCCGCAUCACCACAUGUCACCCACAUCACCAUUCGUCGCUCACGGAUGUUAGAGGAUGGAUAUGACCAGCUCCGCAGAUUACCGGCAAAUUCCAUAAAAGGCGUUAUUCGCGUGAAGUUUGUCAACGAUCUGGGAGUAGACGAGGCUGGAAUCGAUCAGGACGGUGUGUUCAAAGAGUUCCUGGAGGAGAUCAUUAAGAAAGUGUUCAAUCCUGCUCUCAACUUGUUUAGGACUACGAGUGGAAAUGAAAGGUUGUAUCCUUCACCCACAUCUUACAUCCAUGAGAAUCAUUUGCAGCUGUUUGAGUUUGUGGGGAAGAUGCUUGGGAAAGCCAUAUAUGAGGGCAUCGUUGUGGACGUCCCCUUUGCCUCCUUCUUCCUCAGUCAGGUCUUGGGUCACCACCACAGCACUUUCUACAGCUCCAUCGACGAGCUGCCCUCUCUGGACUCUGAGUUUUACAAGAACCUCACUUCCAUUAAGCGCUAUGAUGGAGAUGUAGGGGAUCUAGGACUGACAUUAUCCUAUGAUGAGGAUGUCAUGGGGCAGCUUGUCUGUCAUGAGUUGAUACCUGGGGGGAAAACCAUGCCAGUCAUCAACGAAAACAAGAUCAGCUACAUUCACCUCAUGGCUCACUUCCGGAUGCAUACACAGAUUAAGGAGCAAACGGGAGCUUUCAUUCGGGGUUUCCGCAGCAUCAUUAACCCGGAGUGGCUGCACAUGUUUUCCACGCCCGAGGUUCAGCGCCUUGUCUCGGGAGACAAUGCCGAGAUUGAUCUAGAUGACCUCAAGAAACACACGGUCUACUAUGGAGGUUUUCACAGCAGCCAUCGUGUCAUCAUCUGGUUGUGGGACAUCCUGUCCAGUGACUUUACUGCUGAAGAGAGGGCUAUGUUCCUUAAAUUUGUUACCAGCUGCUCUAGGCCGCCUCUUCUAGGUUUUGCCUACCUCAAACCACCUUUCUCCAUCCGUUGUGUGGAAGUUUCAGAUGAUCAGGAUACCGGAGACACCCUUGGCAGUGUUCUUAGGGGCUUUUUCACAAUCCGCAAGAAGGAGCCCGGUGGUCGACUCCCCACUUCAUCAACAUGCUUCAACCUGCUAAAAUUGCCCAAUUACAGCAAGAAGAGCAUCUUGCGUGACAAGCUGCGCUACGCUAUCAGUAUGAACACAGGAUUUGAGCUCUCCUAACUCCGUUGCAUCAGGACAAUCUUCACAGGAGAGUUGUGUUAAGCAGCCUGAGUCGAGCAAGAGGCUUGGCACACCUGGACUGGAACCUGUCAAGUCAAAGGGGCAUCACUUAAACAAAAGUGGAAUCAUAAAGGACCUACAAACUCUCCUUUUGUCUCUUUUUUAACAAUCAGCCCACUCCCUUGCAUUAAAGGAGAUGCUGUUUCUGCAGCACAAUCCAAUUUUUUGCAUCUCCCUUUUUCCAAAAUUCAAUGUCUUGUAUUUAACUUGAUGAAAUAUCGAUAUACAGUGACUAGAUCUCUGUUUCUACGGUUUAACAGAAUCAUGCUCACACUCCCGUUUUAAGCGAACUAGAAAGCAAUACAGACGCAAUGCAAGCCAUUAGACACGUGGUCAACUCACUCGAGUAAAACCAAGCGAUGCAUGGUUAAUAUACUUACAAGCUCGGACUCCAUUACCCAAGCCACUUUUUGCAGAUAUUGGAUGAGUCUUAAAUGUUUUGCUGAACAUAAUGCAUCUUUCAUAAAUGGAAGACAAAUCAAUGUCUUGUGUUCAACCUCCAUGGAGUGUAGUGGCUCACAGCAGUGAUCCUGUGUUGAUUACAUUAUGCCCCAUUUUGAGGAGAAUCAUUUUGACCUAACUCCAUUUCUCCCCACUACAAGACGCUGCAGUCGCCUGAGAGAGAUGUCCGCCCUCUGGUUUUUUCUGUUCUUUGAAAAUCUGCCUCAGUUCUGAUGAAGCAGCAGAACGUCUUGACAAAAAAAUGGAUGUCUUGCUGUAGCAUUUUACUUUUGAGUAAAAAAGAAACUGGAAAUGUGUGGGCAUUAUCUGUAUCUGCCCAGCGAAGCAGAUUCAGCUGUUCAUUGUACACAUCUUUGCUUGACCUCCACUCUAAAAAAAAAUGAAGUAAAGGUAAUUAAUAAUGUAAGUCUUCAUACUAAAUAGAAAAACUGAAGAUUUCUCACUACACCUUUGUAUAAUGCUGAGUGCCUCAUAUAAUGCCACCCCCUUUGCUCUCACCUCUGACUGUAUACCAACUGUAACCAAUAACCACGUUUAUCGGAAACAAGCCAUAGAAAUGGGGGCUAUGUACCUGGACUUAUUCUCUCACUCCUGCUAACAAAUAAGCGCAGAAACCCAACCACUCUAUUACCACUGGAACAACAACAACAACCAAGGAGCGUUUUACCACGAUGCCCUCUGAUCUCUGUGGACUUUUUAAGCCAUGCGGAAAGUGAAUUUUGAGGUUUAAAAAACCUUUCAACAUGAUGUCAUGGACUGGUUGGUCAACCAAAUGGGACUGCUUGAUUUAUUGUUCCCUUGGAUGGAAAUGUUGCACACCUUUCUGCCGUUUUUGGCUGUUGGGGUAAAAGGGACAUGAGGGUGAAUGUUACCUAUCAGCCUAAUACUACUUUACACAGGGUUCAAUUAGAUCAUACAGGAGAGCAAAAUAGUCAUUUAGCAGAAAGAGGACUGCAACUUUUAAAGGAUUAAAAAAAUAUAUUUACCAUGUUCUUUAUUAUGCAAAACCGUUUUCUGUCAUGAAUGUGUAUGGAUACUUGUUAAUAAGUAACAAGCUUUAGACCAUACUGGUCAUUAUUGUUUCUAACUAGUAAUAUAAUGGCCAUUAACUUGUGGAAAACAAAACAAUGAUUAUAAUGAUAUAAACGACUGGUUGUAUUGAAUUUACCUGCAGUAUACUAAUGAGAUUAAACUAUUUUCAGAUCUGACUAUUCAGUCCUGAGGAUCUUACUCCAGCUUUUCUCCUUUUAAUCUAAUCCAGCAAGAAGUGGAAACACUGUGAAUGGAUUUAUGCUACAGAGUGUGUGUUAGUGUGCAAAAGAGAUGAAAGAUACCUCACAAGCUUGUCUGUCUCGUGAUGAGGUCACUCAUCUGUUAAAAUGAUGUCAAGAGUAGGCUAGACUUUAAGUGUAACAGUGUACUGCUAAAGCUGACCUUUGACUAUCUGCUCUUUUAGUACAAAAAAAUAAAAAUGAUCCUGGAAAUGUUGCCAC